AUGGAUGAAGAACGUAUACAAGAAAUUUUAUCAUCACAAUUAAUUGAUUCGGGAGUUUUACAAGAGUCUGAAAAUUUAACGAUGAAUAAUGAUGAAUCUAUCGAUCCAGCUUUACUUGCCAUGAUUCUACAACAACAACAACAACAGCAACCAAUUACUCGUACUAAUCCUUCUGUUGUUACAUCAUCUAUUAAAACUACUACUGUUGGUGAUAAUGAUGAUGAUUUAUUAUUAGAAGAUGAAACAAUUCUUGAAAGAAUUAUUGCAUUAAAAGAAAUGUUUCCAGAAAGUAUUCAAAAUACUGUAGGAACAAUAAAUCGUACAGUAAUUAACACAUCGAAGUUUGCUUAUAAUAAAGGUCGUUCAGUUGCUUGGUGGAUAACUUCAACAAUGUGUGUACUUGUUUUUCCAAUUCUUAUUCAAAAAGAAUUAUUACAAGUUGCUGAACAAAUCAGUCAUGAACAACGAUCGAUUCUCUUGGGACCACAAGCAGCUACAGGUGGUAUUAGUGGUGGCGCAUUUUGA